GUUCACGUCUGUUUUCAGGACCAUAACUUUGGAAUUAAUCAUUUUCUUCCCAUGACUUAUGAAUUUCUAAAAAAUGGUUCAUGAGUUGGAAAUAAAAUACCCCUCAUUCCACUGAAUGCAAUUUCCCCUUCUUUCUGUUGACUCGAGAUAAGGAAAGCUGCUCCCAAAAUUUUGCUCCACUAGUCAAGAUAACUGAGACCAUGGCGAAACUCAUUUCAAGCAGGUGCAGUAUCCAAUCAGUGGUGCCGGAAUCAUAUAUAUUGCCACCGGAACAAAGACCCGGUAACUCAGUUGCUCCUCCCGGCAAGACUAUUCCGAUAAUUGAUCUCGACGGCGAUCGGAUUGAAGUGAUUCAGGAAAUCAUCGCGGCUAGCCAGGAAUAUGGAUUCUUUCAGUUGAGAAACCAUGGGGUGUCGGAAGAGUUAAUGAAGGAUGCGUUGGUGGUGGCCAAGGAGUUCUUUGAUUUGCCUGUGGAGGAGAAAGAGAGGUUCUACUGUGAGGAUCUGAAUCUCAUCGGUUGUGCGGUCAGAACAAGCAUUGACUUCCCCAAAGAGAAGUUCCAUUUCUGGAGAGACGUUUUGAGGCACCGUACUCACCCCUUGGAGGAUCAUAUUCACCAUUGGCCCGAAAAUCCGGCUCGCUACAGGGAAGUGUUUGCACCAUACUCAGUGGAGGUGAGAAACCUUGGUUUGCGGAUUUUGGAUCUAAUCUGCGAAGGGUUGGGCCUCGAAUCAGGCUACUUCCGGGGACCAUUGAGCAAGGGCCAAUUGAUGCUUGUUAACCAUUAUCCACCAUGUCCUGAUCCAACCUUGGUAUUGGGCUUGCCCAAACAUGGUGAUCCACACCUUAUCACCCUUCUUAACCAAGGGGAUGUGCCUGGGCUUCAAGUCUGGAAAGAUGAACAAUGGGUCACAGUUGAGCCAAUUCCUAAUGCCUUUCUGGUUAAUAUCAAUCACAUGUUACAGAUUAUCAGCAAUGGGAAGUUGAAGAGUGCAUAUCACAGGGUGGUCACGAGUUCAAACGUUGAUCGAACAACGGUUGCUGGCUUCAUCCUUCCUUCCGAUGAUAGCCUUAUUGAACCAGCCAAAUCUCUUGUUAGCGAAUUGAGUCCCCCGCUGUACAAAUCUUUCAAACGUGGAGAUUUCGACAACAUUUACUUCAGUGAUACCCAUGAGGGAAACGAUCCGCUCGAGCACUUUAGGAUCUGAUCUUAAGUAGGUUUUUGUGCUCGGCGGUUAAACAUGUAUCUAGUUCAAAAGUCUCUUGCUUACUAACUUGCUAAAUAAGAGAGACUAAACAUGUAUAACAACUGCCGUCGUGUCGUGAUCUUCAUGUUAUUGUGCAUUUUUGUUACGUAUAUGUAUGCUAAAUAAGCAUCAUCUCUUGGAAACCACUGGAAAUUUCAGUGGAAAUAUGAUUUGUUAUGUUUUAUAAAAAAAAUUCAUUCCAUGGCCA